AUGAACACUGAUGCUUCUGUUAAAACUCAGCCUGGCAUUGGAGGACUAGGGGGGAUGAUCCGAAAUUUAGAAGGGAAUUGGAUAAUAGGAUUCUCAAGAGCUAUCAACCAUAGCUCUCUUCUCCAAGAUGAACUUAUGGCUAUCCUUGAGGGUUUAAAGCUUGCGUUACAAAGGAGCCUGACACCCCUUGUUAUUGAAACUGAUUCUUUGUUGUCCCUAAAGAGCAUUACACACCAACACACACCACAUGCUAACAUAAUCUCCGAGUGCAGGUCACUGAUGCUACAGCUAGGGGCUCCGGAGCUUAGGCACAUCUACAGGGAGCAAAACAGAGUUGCAGAUGCUUUAGAAAAGGAAGGGGCAAAGAGUGCAAGUUUUGACGAGCCACAAAUUUUGAUAGUUCCUCCUAUGUAUGCAAACCAAGAGUUGAAUGCAGACAGACUAGGAACUACUUUCCCUAGGAUAGUGGUGGCAUGUAGUAAUUUAGUUUCUAUGACCGUAACUAUUACUACAAACUCAAGGGCCAUCUUAGCCCCUUCUACCUCUGAAAAGUGGCAAUAUUUUGGACGUGCCUACUUUUUUGGACAACUGGAGAUGGUUCUAAUCAAUGAGACAAUUGGUCGAGAUUUUACUUUCUGGGAAGAUCCUUUAAUGUUUAAACCUGAGAGGUUUUGGAGUUCGGAUUUGGACAUUCAAGGACAACAUUUUGAGUUGAUUUCAUUCAGUGCUGGUCGAAGAACGUGCCCUGGUUAUCCAAUGACAUUGAGAAUGAUUCCAGUAAUAUUGGGCUCACUCUUAAAUUCCUUCAAUUGGAAGCUUGAGGCAGACAUCGAACCCAAAGAUUUAGACAUGGAGGAAAAGUUUGGUCUCACCUUAGUCAAAGCCCAUCCUUUGUGA